AUGGCUACUUCCGAGCCCUGGAGGUCUCCAGGAGAACCACAGGCUCCAUUCUCCCUCCCUGCUCCCCGCUGGCCUGUGGAGUGUGAAGUCAUCCAGGAGACGAUUGAGCACAUUGAGUGGGUCCCCCCCAAACCAGAGCCCUUCUGCCCUCCCAUGGGCCCGGAGCAGGCCCUGUACACCCUCGGUGAGGAGCAGGGCACUGUCGUCUACCACUCCAGCCCAGCACUCCAAGGCUCCUGCUUUACCCGUGCUCGGGUUGGAGGAGCCGCAGGGCCACUCUCCUCGCCAGCAGCUCCCUUGGAGGGUCCGCAGGACACCACGCUGCUCUUCGAGUCCCGCUUUGAGAGUGGGAACCUCCAGACGGCCAUCAAGGUGGGUCCCUACGAGUACGUGCUGAUGCUGCGGCCAGACCUGUACACGGCCAAACACACACAGUGGUUCUACUUCCGUGUCCAAAACACGCGCCGGGAGCCGCUCUACCGCUUCACCAUCGCCAACAUGGCCAAGCCCAAGAGCCUCUAUGGCCAGGGCCUGCAGCCACUGCUCUACUCCCAGCGGGAUGCCCAGAGCCGUGGCAUAGGCUGGCGCCGGGUCGGGACCGACGUCCGCUACUACAGUGGCAGUGCGGGGGAGCCGCCGAUGUCCCGGCUCAGCUGGACCGUGCGCUUCCCGCACGACGGCGACACGUGCUUCUUCGCCGCCUGCUACCCCUACACCUAUUCGGACCUGCAGCGCUACCUGCGCGCGCUGGCGGCCGACCCGGUGCGCUCACGGUUCUGCACGGUGCAGGCGCUGUGCCGCAGCCUGGCCGGCAACACCGUCUACCUGCUGACUGUCACUGGCCCGGGCGGCACGGCCGGCAAGCGGGCGGUGGUGGCGAGCGCCCGCGUGCACCCCGGCGAGAGCGGCGGCUCCUGGGCCAUGAGGGGAUUCCUGGAUUUCCUGCUGAGCGCCCACGAGGACGCACAGCUCCUGCGCCGCCUCUUCAUCUUCAAGGUGGUGCCGAUGCUCAACCCUGACGGGGUGGUGGUGGGCAACUCCCGCUGCUCCCUGGCGGGACGGGAUCCCAACAGGGCCUAUGGGAAGGCGCUUCCCGGCUCCUUCCCCAGCGUGUGGCACCUGCGGGCCAUGGUCCAGAGGGUGCUGGCGGAGCGGGAGGUGGUGCUGUACUGCGACUUCCACGGGCACAGCCGGAAGAACAACGUCUUCAUGUACGGCUGCGAUGCCGGCGGGGACGGCACCGGGCCACGGCUGCGCCAGCGCGUGUUCCCCCUGAUGCUGAGCAAAAACGCCCCCGACAAGUUCUCCUUCUCCAGUUGCAAGUACCAGGUGCAGAAGAGCAAAGAGGGGACAGGCCGGGUCUCCAUGUGGCGCCUGGGUGUCUCCCACAGCUACACCUUAGAGGUGGCCUUCAGUGGCUCCACGCUGGGUGGGAGGAGCUCCCACUUUAGUGUGGAGGACCUCGAGUCACUGGGCCGCCUCCUCUGUGACACCCUGCUCGACUUCUGCGACCCUGCGCCCGCCAAGCUCCAGCAGUGCCUGGCGGAGGUAGAUGCGCUGCUGCAGCGGCAGAUGAGUCGUGAGUCAGGCUCUGGAGGCAGCUGGAGCGAUGUGUCCCCCUCAGAGCUUGAGUCCAGCACCAGUGGCUCCGACAGCUCCGUAUCCGAAGGGAUCCCAGAUGACUUCCACAGCCCCGACCGAACAGUAGAGCCACACAGGAAAAAGCAGCUGCGGAAACGGAGAGCAAGGAAUGUCCUGCGCCGAACAAACCGGAGCCACACCAGCAUCCCGGCUGGGACCCGCAGGCAUCCAGUUCUUCCUGGUGUCCAGAGUGGAGGUGGCAGUGCGGGAGAGAAGCCCAGAGCCAGCUCCAGCAUCACCUUUCCCAGGGCAGCUGGAGCAGGGAAUGGCCCCCGUGCCAUCGCGGGAGAGGUGCCUGGAGCUGACUCUGGAGUGGCCCUUCCCAGGGCGCCUGAAGCAGGGAAUGGCUGCUGUGCCACCAUGGGAGAGCAUCAGCAGGACAGUGGCACAAGCGCUGUGACAUGUCGCAAGCCACCGCUGAGCCCCUGCCACUGUGCUGCCACCAGUGACUCUUCCCGGGAUCCAGCUGUGGGAGCAAUCUUGGGGCCAUCCUGGCAGCGGGGCGGGCGCAGGCCCAGGGACAGGGCACGUCCCGUCACUGUCCGUGCUGCGGCCCCACGCUGCUGCGCCUGUGCUCGGCAGUAAAGGUGCUGCCACCUCCGUGUCUGUGCCUGGUGCUGCCUGUUCGCAUUGUCAUGUCCCCUCAGGGGUCCUCUUGUCCCCGAGCCUGGCCAGAGUCUUGCUAGCACCCAACCCCGAGCCACCAUGGUGUCAGCCUAUGCCUGUGGUGCUACCUGGGGCCCUCCCACCAGCGUGUCACCUCAGCCCUACCACCAUGGUGUCACCUUGGGCUCUGGGGAUGUGGUGUCGCUAGCUCCACCACCCAGGUGACCCCUCAGCCCUGUCUCCCCGCUGUCCCCCCGUACCGCGGCGUCCCCACAGGCUCCGUGGGUGCCCCCAGUCCCGCAGG